GAAACGAUGGAGGGAACAACUCUAUAAUUACUAUAUUCAGCGAAACUACAUCCAAACGACGCAAGGGUACAUUAACCUAUCGGAAAACCAAAAAGAAGACCAAGCCAGACUUGUCCGCGGUCAAUGACGAAGUAAGCUCCGUCCUGAGAUUGAUCAGGUAUUCGUUAGUAGUCAGGGGUGGUAAGAUUCGGACUAUAUCAGAUCUGUAUACGGACGGACAAUGCGGGGGUCAGAAGUCAUGGUAGAGCACCCAAGGACUGAGACCAUGACUCAGACCGACAAUGAGAGUUCCAUUAGCACUAGCGAGCCGCAAUCAAUUGCGAUCCUAACGGGAGAUGUCCACUCAGCCAGACACUCAACCACUGAUGGUAAACCCCCGGGGUCUUCUCCCGCAGAACAACCCGUAGGACAACCAAGACGCUCAAGGGUUCAAAAUCCGACCGUUCUGAAAAAGGGGAAAGGGGUGGGAGGGAAGGGGAGGGACAACCCGUCACCCCGGCAAGCUUCACAUGCAUGGACUGCUGGGAAGCUUUGGUUUGAAAUGUUUGAAAUGUCUCUCAAUCAGGUUGUAGACUAUGGGCGGAUCCUACAAUGUAUGACAAACACAGUCAUAGUUGUGCCGGAGCUUUCCCCUCCCUCCCUCUCUCCCUUGUGGCUCACGGCCAUGGGUUUCACCGGCGAAAUGCACAGUACAAUCCACUAUUAGGUAUUGAGCAUCAUCUUCUUGGGGGUUGCUCGGCAGGCAUGGAGGCCACGCAAACCACCAAGCAGAACAGUUGUUGCAGCCUAACGUUCUGGGCAUGGCAGCCAAGGCUCGGUUCGAUCUCCUGGCGGGAUUGAAUGGACCAACAGGACUGGUUUG